AUGUCGUCUUCAAUCCUCAGUGGCCGGCCACAGGUGGAGCGCAGGUCGUCGAGGGUACCGGGGGGAUUUGACCAAGAAAACGACGAGGAUCUGUCGCCCACAGGAAGCAUGCACGGCGAUUCACAGUUCGACUCUUCCCUGACCAACUCCUUGCUUCCAGGACCCAAAGACCCGAGCAGUCUGUUGCAGCAACUGGACGAGAACACAAAUAUAGAUGGACGGGCAAAUGCGACCCUGGACGAAAGCGAAAUGAACAACAAGUUACUCGAUGUCGAAUCUAGUUUCCUCCCUGAACCGUCUCAGCUUGCCAUUCAAGACUCGGGGGAGGCUGGCGCGGACGACACGCAUCUGUUCGGAAUUCCAAACAAUAAUGUUGCCACGCGCAAAAGGCCUCAACCGAUUGUAAUAUCCUAUUCACACGAUGACACUGAAAACCACAUGCAUUCAAAAUCCACCGAGAUGCAAUCUCCUCGUACGCCGCCAGGCGGAUAUAAGACGCCGGCGCCCGAACAGCAACGUUUCCACGAUCUCGAGGAACCAGAAGGGACCACGCCGCAGAUAUCAAAUACGUCAGCUCUCGAAAACAUGUCUUCCUCUCCAACUGCGGCCGCCGCGGCUCGAACACUCUCACGAGUUCAGUCUCUGGCGACAAUGGGUGGUUACGAGACGGCAGACGAAAGAGAAGACGACUUCGGAUCGGACAGAGGCCACGGCCAUGCAGGAGAAGAUGCUGAAGAGACACCAAAACGGAUUGGCGCACAGUACGAGCAGGAGAAACGAUAUCUGAACGUUCCCAAUGCCAUGGAUGGACAGCAGGAGAAGACAGACAAUGGUACCAGUUCGGUGUCAAGGCGGCCACAGUACCUUCACAAACGAUCCUCGCAGGCCCGGCUCUCCUAUGAUUCGAUGGCCAGUUCAAACACGGACGCGAGUGAUGCUACACUCGGCGCAGACUUCGCGCUGCAGUCGGGUGGCGCUUUACCCGAAUCGAGUGCGCAACGCCAGGCAAGAGCGACAAUUUCACGACAGGCCAGCCUGGGAAGCAUGAUGUCGGGCAUAUCGGGGAUGAGUGACGAUGAGUCUCGAAUACAGCGACAAGCCAGUGUGCCAGAUUUGAGUACGCUGGAAGAAGAGAGCCCACCACGGUCUAGUAAAGCUAGUGGACUGGCGACUCCGCGAGCAUCGAUAUUCAAUUUCAACAUGCCCACCGAUACCGUCAUUGCCAAUAACGUCCGGGACAUAGAAGUACCUGGGACGUUCGCGCGGCAAUACCGACAAGAACGGAGUAUGUCACCCGACAAGAACAAUCCAAUGCUUGGUAUGACGCCCGGCCCCAAGCGAGGAUUGACCCUGAAAGAGCACCGAAGCACGGUGGAAAAGCUGGGCAAGGAAAACUUCGACCUGAAGAUGAAGAUACAUUUCUUGGACCAAGCUCUCCAGACGCGCUCUGAGGACGGGAUCAAAGAAAUGAUUACGGAAAAUGUACAAUUAAAAUCGGACCGGAUAAAGCUGGAGAAGGAUAAUCAUAAUCUACGCAAGCAGGUUCGGGAGCUGCAGAAAAAGCUUGAAGAAAGCGGUGCUCGCGAAUCUCCGAACGGCGAUCCUGGGUAUGGAACUGAUGAGGAGCGAAGCCCAACCGCGGAAGAAGAAGUCAUCUACCUUCGUGAGAGGGUCGAGAUGAACGAAGUCGAGAUUGAGAAACUUCGGUCGGAGAACUUUACCAAAGAAUCUGAGAAGCGCAGAUUGGCUGAGAUGGUCAAAUCUUUGGGAGACACCCGGACAGCCACCUCAGAUGUUGGCUCAAGAGAAGAGCGUGAUAUGUGGAAGGAUAUGCUGGAGGCGGAGACGAUCGCCCGCGAGCAAUCCGAAGAGGACAACAAGAGGCUUCGCGAUGAGAUUGUGAAGCUCCGGAACGCAUUCCAAGCUUCAGCCAAAUCAAACUCACGAAAGUCUCGCAUGGCAGGUUCCGUUGUCUCAAGGUCCAGCAGUGUCGAAGCUGCGAAUGCGCAAAUCGCGGAAAUCGAAAGACUUCGGCAUGAAGUCUCGGAGCUGCAGAAGAUGAUCGGUGCGCAAGCAUCCACCCUGACAUCACGCAACAAGGAGAAAGAACGCCUGUACCAGGAAAUCGAAGAUUUGAAGUUGGGUCGGAUGGGCGGCCUUCGAUCCGUGGCUGGUGACAGCAUUCUGGACCGAUCAGCUUCCCGCGCAAGAUCUCAUUCUCGCGCUAGCAACGGCACGCGGCUGUCUCGGGUGAGCGACCAGGAACGAGAAUCUUUGGAGAACAGGAUCAACGAGCUCCGCGAUGAGGUCUCCCAACUAAAACUUGAAAACCAAACGCUUCAAAACCAAUUCGACCAAGCUCUGGCCGAACUCGACGCGGUGGAUGCCCAAGCCCAGGCGGAUGCCGAUCAAUUCAAUGAGGAGCUUCAUGUUCUCACUCAGGAGCGCGACAACGCUCUGCGGGAGGCCGAGGAGCAAGACCAGGCAUUCCAACAGCUGAAGAAUGAGGCGCAAGAAGAGAUUGACGGCUUGGGAGACGAGCUCGAUGCUAAGGUGGAGGAAUGUGCCAGGCUCGAGCAGGAACUCCAGGGGCAAAUCGACAAUGUCAAAGCAUUGCAGGCUGAAAUGCGUUCGGCCGCCGAAGGGCUGGUCCGUCUCGAAGAAGAUGCGCAGCAGAACUUGGCCCGAUAUCAGUCCGUCAAGACCGAGCUCGAUGACUCGAAUCGCGAAAUCGAGAAUCUCGAAAAAUCUCUCCAAGAAGCGGAGAGCAAAGUGCAAAGAUUGACGGUGCAGCAGGAGAGCAGUCAUAAUGAGAUUGCGUUCCUACGCGAAGAGCAAGAUGCGGACAAGAUCAAGAUUGGCGAUUUGGAAUCGUUGCUCAAGAAGGUCCACCUCAAUCUGGAAACAGAAAGAGACAGGAGUCGAGAUCUGGAGCGUCGGCUCAACGACGAAAGGGCUCAAAGAGAUGCGGUGGCCAACCAAGAAAAGCAAGAAGUUCAGCGAGUCAUUAAUGAUCUCAACCGCGAGGCUGCGGGUGCCAAGGAUGAACUGCGAAAGGUGCGCAAGGCCUUGUCGUCUCGCGAUAUCGAAGCAAAUGCCUACAGAGACCGGCUGUCUGAAUUGGAGGAGAGCCUGCGGAACAUCCUUGGCGAUUCUCAGGGCUCGCGAUCGAGCCUCAUCAGUGGCAUCACGAAGAUGCGCCGGGAGCUUGAUCAAGCAACGAUAGAUCUUGAAUCGCUGCGCAGGCGAUUGGACGAAAGCGAAAGUCUGCUGGCUGACCGGGAUGCUCUGUUGGAGUCGACGAGUCAUGAAUGCAAGAAAUUGGCCGACGCCCUUGAACGUGAGAAGCUGGGUCGACGACAAGACAAGCUGGACUUUGAGCGGACCAACAAGGGCCACAACUCGACGACGCGCGCACUUAGCUCUGCUUCCGCCCGGAUUGCGGAGCUAGAAGGGCUGCGGCAGACUGACCGGAAACGAAUGGGCCAGAUGGAAAGCCAACUCAAGGAACAACUCGGCGAGCGCAACCAGAUCCUGCUCACUCUUUGGAAGCGACUGUCGGCCAUGUGCGGUCCUGACUGGACUCACAACAAUAGUCUGAUCAAUGGCAAUCUACCGUCGCAGGAAGUUGUUGGAAACAUGCUGUUCUGGCCCGGGUUCAGCCGCAAUCUUCUACUUGCCGCCAAACAGGUGGAAGGCACGCUGUCGAGUUUCAAAGAGAAGAUCAAACGGGUGGAACGGGAAUUGUACAAGGAGUACCAAGCGCUCGAACAGACGCUCGAAGUGCGGACGCGGAAACUCGAACGCAUCGAGGAGAGUUGGGAGCAGAUGAAACUGAAGGUGUCCGAGAUGGAGACGCGCAUGCCCAGCGACCUUGGAAGUCGGACGCCGAAAUCGAGCCGGACUCCUGAAAUCAGUAAGUUGAAAGGGGAGAACCGCCUGCUUAAAGCCGAACUCCAACUGCUUCAACAGCAGCAAGCCCAUCAUUCCCAACACCAGCGACGGGACCGGAAUGAGAGUCGAGCAUCCGGCUAUUCCAGCUUGAUGUCCACCAACGAGGCGCCGGGGCCGGGACAAGCCCUUGACGGAGCCAUGAACAGUGCCCUCGGAGUGCCGACUCGGUCGUCGAGCAUGAGGCGCAGUCGACCCGGGGAGCUGCAACGGCACCAUUCGGCAGGGACGGUGGAGCAUUUCGCCAGCUUCAACCACGGCAACGCCGGCGACGUGACUUCGCUGCGGUCGAGUUCGAUCUCCAGUCGCAAUUCGGCCUACAUGUACGCCGAACGGGAGCGAGAGCGAGAGCGAGGCCUCAUGAUCCCGGCGGGACCGUUCAAUGCUCCUGCCAACGGGAAUUUCUCGUUGCCGCCACCGCGCGAAGCGCCUCCUGCGCCUCCCAGUAACGCGUCGGGAUCGGACAUUGCCAGUAUCACGACGGCCGUCAGCGUGGGCGGACAAGGGCAGGAGUCGAAAUGGGUCCAUCGCCUCCGGGAACUGGAGAGACGGCUCAAGGCGGAGCGCGAAGCCCGGCUCCUGGACCGCAGUGGGGCACGGAAGAGGUUGGAGGAGAGAGAUGCGGUCAAUGAAGAGUUGAGAAGGGAACUGGAACGCGAGAGGGUCAGGAAGAGUGUCGAGCCUGCUGAUGCUGGCGUUGACGUUGGUGCGGAUGCUGGGUUGCAGCCGUUCCCGGCGGGCGAGGCUCAUGCCACCGAACCGGAUGCUGGAGCCGGGCGUGGGAAUGGGAAUGGAAAUGGAGCGAAGAAGCGCUAG